CCCAGCUGAGCUAUGUGAACAGAUUGGAAAUGCUAAGUGCCUUUACUACAGCCAAUGGCUUUCAUGCUGUAAGCCAGACUCACCAGAAGGGACUGAUUGGGAUGUGAGCUUCUCUUUUAGCUGUGGCUUCUGUGUCUUUCCACCCCUCCUUCCUAGAAAAGUGUCUGAGAAGCCAAGGGGGCAGAGGGAGCUCUCCUGCACUGUGGUGCUGAAUCAAAGAAUAAACCAAGACGUCAGAAUUCAAGACACCUUGGGAUACUUUAAUGAAUCGAAUGGGCUGUUGGAAGAACAUGCCUGGAGGGAUCCACUUCACUUUUUAAUCUGGUGAUCUGCGUGGCUUCAUUGGAACAGAAACUGCUAUGAAGAAAUCGAAUGAACAAUAACUGUGUUGACAGCACAGUGCUGGUGAAUUGGACAAGGUAAUCAAUCACUUUGAACCAUCACACCAUAACACAACCGAUUUAACUCAGCACAGAGAACUCCCUGAAGCACAAACUUUGAGCAGCCAUCAAACCAUGGCAUUUAUGGUCAAAACUGUGGUGGGAGGUCAACUGAAGAACCUCACAGGAGGUCUGGGGGGCAGAGAAGAAAAGGGAGAAAGUGAGAAAUCACCUGCUGAAGCCCAAGGGAUGACCAGGGAAGAGUAUGAAGAAUACCAAAAGCAGCUCCUGGAAGAGAAGAUGGAAAGGGAUGCUUUGUACACACAGCGGAAAGCCGAGAGAGCCACACUCCGAACCCACUUCAGAGACAAAUAUCGCUUAGCCAAGAAUGACAUUGAUGAUGCACAGAUCCAGUUGGCUGGAGGAGAUGUGGAGCUGCCAAAAGAGUUGGCCAAGAUGAUUGAAGAGGACACUGAGGAGGAAGAAGGAAAGUCUUCUGUCAUCGGACAACUGAGCAGCAUUCAGAAUCUUGAUCUGGACUCGAUUAAAGGAAAAGCUCAGUCUACAUUAGAUGACCUCAAGCAGUCAGCAGAGAAGUGUGUACUCAUGUGACUUUAUCCCACACCCUUCUGAUGGCCCAAAGCAGCUGCCAGGAAUCACUUGCAGCAUCCAUUAUCAAGAUAUAAUAGAAUUUUCACAUAUAACAAGCCUAAUCUUGGUGAUAACUUUGUGUUCUGCAAGGUCAACUCAGGCAGUAGCACGAGAGAGAUACCAUAUGUGACGUGGUCACACAACACACACUAUAGUGUUUAUGCCACAGAUCACACUUCUCUCUAAAUAACCAGCCCUAAAUUACAAGCAAAUCCUAUGGCACAAAGAGUCCAUUACUCUAGUCAUUAGGAACGUCACUAGCCAAGAGCUUCCAUUUGACUCCUUCAUUGAGAAACCAGUGAUAUCUAUUCUAAUUAUUACUAAUAUACUAUUUGACUUGUACCUUCAGUGCAGCCUGGGAUAAUGCCAAUUAUUGUACCGGCAACU